AUGAAUGGCCAUGUUGGUAGCGGCAAUGAUGCCAUCAGUCGCAUACACGGAGGAAAUGCUUAUGGAAAUGGUGAUGAGGACGGAGAGAAGGUAACUGACCUAGCUUUAUCCUUUGAUAUGGUAAUAGGAAAUACCCUAUUCCGUAAGAGAAAUGAACACCUUAUUACUUACAAAAGUGGUGAUAGAGCAAGUCAAAUUGACUUAAUUUUAUAUCGAAGGAGAAACAUUGGGGAGAUUAAAAAUUGUAAAGUAAUACCUGGAGAUCUGAGCCACGAUAUGGUAGAUGUGAACACCUGGUGGAAUGAUGCAAGCAAUAUUAUAUUAAGAGCUGGAAAGGAAAUCCUGGGAAAAAAGGAAAUUUGGUGGCUUAAUGAAGAAGUACAAGAGCAAGGGAGUGCUAAGAAGAAAGCCAAGAAAAAAUGGGAAGAAAGUAAACUAGAUGAAGACAGAGCAGCAUAUAAACGAUGUUGCAAGGAAGCCAAGAAAGCAGUUGCCAUUGCAAAAUCAGAAGCAUACGACUAUAUGUAUGAAUAA